AUGAACCCGGCUGGCAGAAAGGAGGAAGAAGGAAAAAGUUCACGAUCUAGUAACAAAUCAGAGCUCAAACUAAUCCCGGACAAAUCACCAUCUGAUGAUGGCUUAAGAAAAGAAAGACGGUUGUCCAAAGCAAGUGAUAGUUUUAAAGAUACUCUUGAAAGACAAGAUUCAAAAGCAUCGUCAUUGAGCCCAAAGGUAUCGCGAAAAUAUUUUCACAACUGGAACCUGUUUCCAUGUGACAAAACUAAAGACAAAACAAAGGAGCUUCUGAAACGUUGGAGGACAUUGCCUGAAUCUGAAGUCGCUGGAAACCAGAAGCAACAAGAAGGAAGUGAAAACGAUAAACAUCACGGCUUGAGUGUUCAUGUGUGGAGUACAGGCGAAAUAUCUAAAACAACUUUAGCCGCGUUAUGCCGACCAGUUAUCGGUCUGCCAGCAGCUAGAGUUGAAGAAAUCAUUGACACAGCGUAUGCAAGAAUGACAAGUAAUAACUACCUAUUACUCGACUAUGGAACCUAUGUCCACUGUUUCACUAAUUGGUUGAUGGGUAAGAACCCUAAUGGUGCCGGACAGUGGGUCCUCGUUCCUCCUACAGAUCCCUUAUCGCAGCCGCCAUUUCCAAUUGACUACAGCGCUUUGAACACCGAACCAGCGAAACUAGAACCUUAUGCCCCAGACAAAAAGACCAAUAGGCAUUGA